CGCGGCUUCCCCCGCCAGCGGCGCGAUGGGCUGCGGGAACUCCACCGCCACCAGCGCGGGCGCGGGCCGAGGCCCUACAGGAGCAGCUAAAGAUGUAACAGAAGAAUCGAUAACAGAAGAUGACAAGAGGAGAAACUAUGGGGGAGUAUAUGUUGGUCUCCCAUCUGAAGCUGUCAGUAUGGUAUCCAAUCAAACAAAGACUGUUCGAAAAAAUUAGAAGAAAAUAUUGCGACUCAGUAAUCAAGAGCUUGCUCAUCAAGAUUUAGAAGGAAUUUCGCUCCAUGGAACAUUAUCAUGUUGCACAUAUUUCCAAGGAAAUUCUAAACAGUCACCUACCCCCCUCCCUCCCCCCACCAAUUUUUUUUUUAAGUCUAUAGUUAAAACCAUGGGUGCAUGUUGAAUGACGUGGUCCUAGAAAGGAAUUGGUUAAACAGUACAUUUGUGUGUGGAACUUUCCGUGGUCACCUGUGAUAGACAAGCUCACAAACCACCGCUGCCCAGCCAGCCUGCUCAGGCCUCCAGCAGGAUUUUCGCCCUGGCCAUUCAACACCAUUCAUGAAGAUCAUGUCUUUUCAUUGAUUCCUUUUUUGAUAGUUUUUAUAUAACCAAAUCCUUAUUCUAUUUAUAACUUAAGAUAAUAAGGCGUUAUAAAUGAAUUACCUAAAAUAA